AUGGAAUAAAACAAAAUCUCAUUUCCAGAGAGCUCAAACAGAGAUACUAAUCCUUUUAAUCAAGCAGAUAUUUUGAAGCAAAGUCAGAGCUAUAACGAAGCUUAUUUCAAUGAUGAUUAGAUAGAAGAUGACUUUGAUGAAAAAGUAGAUGACUCUGGGUAGAAUAUGGACCACUUAGAUGCAUUUGCCUAAGAAGAUGACUAGAGCAGUUAAUAACUACAGUUUAGAAAUAUUGAGUAUGAUCUGGCAAGUAUGAAUAUUGUCCAAGAACUUCAAUCUCAUCGAAGGGAUUUUAUAAUAGAAGGAAGAGGAUCCUCUCAGAUUCCUAUGUCAGAAGAUAUAAGAAAUCAAUUCUAUUCUAGCAGAACUGGCUAGCAAGAUGGUGCUCAAGAAUCUGACAACUCUGAUAACGAGUAUGAGCUUUGCUUUGUAGUUUAGGAUGUGGAAUUUCUAACAUAUAAGAAUGGUUUUAUCGUUCAUUCCUAAUACUUUAGAGAUCUGCUCAAUAAUGUACACGAUUAAUAAAUUAGAAUAUUACUCCCACUGUGGGCAACUGCUGAUUCAUUCAGAUUGGUGUUGGAUUAUGUUAAUGUUGGCGAGAUCUAGCCAGAUGUUAACUUAGAAACGAUUUAAAAUGUUUUAUGGCUUGCUGAUUUUUUCUAAAUACACCAAUUGUAAAAACUUUGUAUUGAUCUGUUUAUCGUUCCUCAGCUAACUAGAAUAAAUGUGCUCAAUUUUCUGGAAGACGCGUUUCAAAAGCUUUCAUCAUGCUAAGAGUAACAGGCAAAGUUGUAAUAAGAUAAUCAAGAAGAUAUGUAGAGUUUGAGAUUCGAAGAGUAAUUCUAACAGUUUAUAUGGGCAGAGGAUAUAUGGUAUGAAUUUUUCAAUCAAUGUUUGGAUGUAACAGCUCAAAACAUUGAUUUUAUCAUUAAAAGCCAAGAAAAAGAAAUAUUAAACUUACCGGACUCGGUAGUUGAAGAAAUUAUUGAAAGAUCCUUGAAAAUUUGUGGUAAAACAGAGGAUAAUGAGUUGGUUAAGUUUAUGAUGAAGAUGAAGAAAGUAGUAAGUCCUUUUGAUUUGCUUGAACAAGAGAAACAGAGAGUGAUCACCACUUAUGAAAAAUUGGUUCAUACUAAGAGUAACUAUUCUGAUCCAAUGAUGUCAGCUAAUGUAAAUUCAAACUCAAUAAAGCCUCUGCUUACAUGGAAGUUAUCUAAUCUUAAUUUGAAGCAAAAUUUUUACAAAGAGAGUGAUCCAUUUACUGUAGAUGGUAACUAGUGGAUCCUAUACAUAUCAAAGAUGAAUGAUAAAGAGUGUUGUGUUGGAAUUAAAUUUUAGUCAAUAUUCGAGAGUGAUUAUGAAAGUCAAUAAAUUAGCUUCAAUGUAAGCUAGAAAAGUAAAUACAUGAGAUAUUCAAUCCUAUCUCUGCUUAAUUGGAUUAGAAUUGACACUGAGCCUUCUCUUUUAACCCAGUCAAGCAAAUUGAUAAAGGUUUACUUCUAAUUGAAGCAUACAGUCUCAGCUAUUUUGAGUUACAUCAGCUUGAACUUCGGAAUGCUGAGCAGAGAUUAGAAAUUGCCUUAUUUAUCUGCCAAUGAAUUUUAGCUUAUAUUAAUGCAUCGAAAAAUUAAUGUAAAAAAUGAAGAUGAAGUCAUAGAUGCCUUCGCUUCCUGGCUUAGCUAUAAUAUUUUGAACAGUAGUAAGCUGUCCAGCAAUAGAACUGGGAAUUCAGUUACUAAGAUUGAUGAGAAAGAAAUACUUGAAAUUAUGAAAUAAAUAAAUUGGCCAUAUGUAUCUUUUGAUAAGCUAAUGGAUCUGUUUAAGAAUUUCCAAAUUCUGAGGCAGAAUAUUCAUAUCAAGUCUUUGUUUAAUAAUGAAUUCAGAAAUAGAGCGACAAAAAAGUAAAAUGAGGUUGCGGUUCCUCCGAGAAUGUCUUAUGAUUCAGUUAUGAUAGAAACACUUUUCGAUUAUAAGUACUUCUUGGAUAAAGUAGCAGACUUUUUAUUUAAAAAUUUUGAUGCUCAAUCAGCAAUCUAAUAGGCAUAAUUCCAAUCACCUACUCGCCCUCACUAUCAAGUUAAGCAGAUAGGAAUAAGAUCACCUUCUAGUAGUAAGCAGAAAAUUUAGAAUCAGCAAGUCUUAAAAGAUUAAGCUUCAGAAUCUUCAAAUUACCAAAAGAUGAAUAAGAAUUUCUUAGAAGAGCAGUACUAUUCUAAGUUAAAAGAGCUUAAUUAGAUUAAAUCUGAAUUGCAUAAAAGGCAAAUAUCUGCAGAUAAAAAUAAGGUCCAUACUAAUCUUACCAACUCUCUGGAUAUGAAUAAUUAAGGUAGCAGUUAAAGAAAUAAUAUCUUAAGUCCUUCCACCAAUGAUGGAUAGAUAAGUAAAAUAAACUAAAAUAAUCCUUAGUUUUUGUCUGCUUAAAGGUCCAAACAUAGUUCGUAGCAGAGAUCCUCACCAAACAAAUCUAGAUCGAGAUAAGAAACAGCUAUAUAAAAUAGGGGAUUAUUCAUAAAAUAAGGUGCCCAAAGAUCAUAAUAAAGCGCUCAGACUUAGAAUAACAACUUCAACGAUCUGGAUUAGCAAAAAAUUCUCUAAAAUCAUCAUAAAUCUACAUUUGAUAAUAGAAAACCAAGCAAUAACUAGCAAAAAUAAUAAUUAAAUCCAAGGAGUUAAUCUAAGAAAAAGAAGACUACAUCUAAAGAAGAUACCUAUAAGAGUGGGGAAAUCGGUAUCAAGUCAAGUGCUGAAUUCCGUGAAGGGUAAUAUAGGUUGCAGCAUUAGGCAUAAAACUCAGUUAAUAAGUAUAACAGGUCAAGGAAAUAUCUUGAAAAUAACUAAGAUCUCUAAAUAAGCAACAUUCAAGUAUAAAAUUCAAGUUAAAACGAGAACUCAGACACUCAGUAAUAGAUGAUGAUGUCUCCACAUAUUGUCGAGAGGAAUUUGCAAAUUUAAACUCAAAAUCAGGCUUUAUUAAACAAUAGCAUGAGUUAGAAGCAAUCAUCUAAGGGCAGUUAAAGAUAUCUAGACUUAAGAGAUGAUGAGGACUUCGACGAUAGAUUCGGCCAUCACCCCAUUAAGAUUUAUAGCAAGUAGUAUCAACAUUAAAACAAUCAAAAUAUGGACAUUGAGGAGCUGCAAGAUCAUCUAUUAAAAAACGUGCAAAUUAGAGCUUUGAACUAGCAGUAUCAAGAAUACCCCUAAAAUAACUAGAUUAGGAAUCUUUAUUAACUAGACUUAGAAGACAAUAAUGAUGAGGAAAACGAGGAGGAAGAGACUGAAACAAAGCUAUUAAUCAAUAGAUAUACUGGAGACGAGGAAGAUGAAAAAUAAUAGGAGCAUUAAUAUCUUGAUUAGCUCUAUCAUAUGAAUCAGUAAAUAUCACGUGAACAGAUGAAAACAAUAAGCUCUCAAUACAAUGAAAAUCAGCUCGGAACAGAAUAUGUUCACACUCAUGAAACACAGAUAAGGAAUCAACAGUUGGCACCUAAUUAUAUUGGUAAAAAUGGCGGCUAUCAAAUUGAUCUACUAAAUCAUCUUAAUCAAUAACAGCAUAUACAGUAGCAUCACCAUUAAAGAAAUGAGGCUAGAUUAAGUUUGAAUCAGCAGUUUUCUGAGAAAAAAAUGACUCCAGUAUAAAAGAAGUUCUUAAACAACCUUAAUACUUCGCAUUUAAAUUGA